AAGCAUGCAUAAUGAUAGUACGAUAAAUUGUUACAUGAAAAUAUCAAAGGAGGAGGCCGAGCACGAGGAGCAGCUUCGACGCCGACGAGAGGGAGCCGAAGGUCGACGUCGUGGCGACGCCGUGGGAGCGGCAUGGGGAGAGGAAGGCGCUGCAGAGGCCUGGGUUACCGGCGAAUGACGUGGCGUUGAAGUAGGCGAACUGGCCGGUCGCUGGGACCUCGCCGGAGAGAUUGUUGUCGGAGAAAUCGACGGCCGUUAGGCUCUGCAUUCCGGCGCGUUGUGGGACAGAUUGAGAUAGUUGAGGAUUCGUAGCCCGGCGGCACCGAUGGCCAUGGGGUUGGCGGCGUUGAGUUCCUUCGGUGGACGGUGGCUGAGGAGUGGCCGGAUGCGGCGGCGGCGCCGCUCCUUCGGUGGCGUGGCGGCGGCGCUUGGCGGUGGUGGCUGGCUGGCGGCGGCGGCGCUUGGCGGUGGCGGGCAGCGAGCUGGCGGCUGGCGGGUGGUGGUGGUGGCUGGCGGCGGGGAGGAUGAGAACGAGAGAAGGGGAUGGAUCGGGAAUCGGCCACGCCAGAUCGGGAUCGAGGUGUCAUUAGGGUUUUCUUGGCUGCCGAGUUGGGCUCUUGGGCCUCCAUUCUCUACCAAAAUCCAAUUCCAAAGGCCCAUAGCUCAUAUGCCCUGGCUCGUGAGCGGCUCGCGAGUCAGCUCGAUUCGUUAGGAAAAUCAAACGAGCCGAACCGAGCCGAGCUUGGUCACGAGCAGAGCUAGCUAACGAGCCACGAGCUUCCUCCAUCCCCGAGCUUCCUCCACCCCCUAGUACUACUACUAUAGUGUCAUUACUCCGAACACAACGCGAGCGGCCGCCUCCUCCUCCGCCCAGUGACAUGCCACCCGCCGCCGCCGCCGCCGCUGGCAUCAUCCCCGCUCGUCGCCGUCGUCGUGCUGCGCCCGAGGAGGAGGAGGAGGAGCCGGUGCCGGUGCCGGUGCCGGUGGUGGCAGCGCGGACGAGAUCGGGGCGCCGCUAUGGCCGCGCUUAGGCAGGGCGACGACCCCGCCAUCAAGCUCUUCGGCCGCACCAUCCCCCUCCUCCUCGACCCCCCCGCCGCCGCCGCCGCCGCCGCCGACGAGGUCAUGCCUAAUUUAGGAAAUGGUGUAAAAACCAAUAAUGACUUACCUUUAGUCUCAGACAAGCUUUUGAUUGUCAAAGGUAUUCCUUUUUGUCCCAACAAUAGUAAGAAAAAUGAUUUACAAGGCAUCAGCAGACCGGAUGGAAGAAUAGAAAUCGAUUCCAUGACUGAGGAUGUUAAGACUGAGCCUGAUGGAUCUGUCCCUGAGAAGAUACUCAAGAAGCCAGAUAAGAUUCUGCCAUGUCCACGCUGCAAUAGCAUGGAAACAAAGUUCUGCUACUUCAACAACUACAAUGUUCACCAGCCCAGGCACUUCUGCAGGAACUGCCAAAGAUAUUGGACCGCUGGUGGAGCUAUGAGGAAUGUCCCAGUUGGUGCUGGAAGACGCAGAAAUAAGCAUGUGUCAAAAUACUGUCAGGCGAUGAUGACGUGCAAUAAUACUGUAGCUCCUGGAGAUGUUUCUGAUGUGGUUCACCAUCAGGUUAUUACACAUGGAUCUUCUCUCCUUCCAGCAACACUGAAGGAAAAUGAAACACCUACAGAAUUCAUAUCAGAAGUACCACCAUGUAAGUCUUCAGCUUCAAUCCUUGAUAUUGGAGAGCCGAAUGAUACUGACCUUGUUCCCUUGGCCUCUGGUGAUAACAAGGAAGAAAAAUCAUGUGCAUCUUCUGUGGUAGUAUCCAGCUGUUCAGAGAAUCUGAUGCCAGAUAAUGCAAUUAUGAAAGAGCCAAACAACAGGUCAGGAUGUUGUAAUGGUGUGGCAUUGCCUUUCCCUACUGGACCUGCUUUGGUGCUCCCCUGGAGUCUUGGAUGGAACAGUGUUGCUCUCAUGCCAGCUACCCAGUGCUCGAUGCAGCCCGUUCUUGGGUUAAAAGAUGGGAUACCCUGCCCGCCUUCAUGGCCACCGCAACUGAUGGUGCCGGCCCCAGGAAUCUGUACUCCUGUUGUUCCAAUCCCUCUUGUGCCACCUCUGUGGAGCUGCUUCCCUGGCUGGCCUAAUGGAAUGUGGAAUGCACAAUGCCCUGGAGGUAAUACUACUGUGCUGCCGUCAACCGCUCCAAACAAAAUUUCUUGUUCAGGAAGCAGUUCUCUGGUGUUGGGAAAGCAUUCAAGAGAAGAAAGCUUGCAGGAAGAAGAGAAGACGAGAAAUUACUUAUGGGUACCUAAAACUCUUAGGAUUGAUGAUCCAGCUGAGGCUGCAAAGAGUUCAAUCUGGGCGACCCUUGGCAUCAAGCCUGACGAUAAAGGCAUAUUCAAGUCUUUCCAGCCAAAUGUUGCGAAAAAUGGCACGGCACCAGAAUCGCCUCAGGCUCUGCAGGCCAAUCCAGCAGCAUUUUCGCGUUCUCAAUCGUUUCAAGAGACGACUUGAGGAGCUUUUCUGUUUGUUUUCUGACAUAAGGAUCAUACUGCUACCUCCACAGGAAUGGUCACAAUGUUUCUAUCCAGUGUGAUCUUGAGCUCAUAUGUUGCUAGAGCCAGAUCAAAUCUAGCAACUCAAAUCUGGCAGAGUUGCCAGUGAUGAACUUGGUUCUGUGGUAAUGUUUAUGUUGAUCAAAAAUCUCUGCUUCUCCCCAAGGAGAGAAUUGUGAGCUUGUGAUCCGGAGCUCAAAACAUGCUCCAUCUGAAAUCAUUAGUCAAUAGCUGUCGCUGUGAUGGAGGUGAAAAGGAUAACUGUGAAGUCUCUUUUUUCUUACUUUCUUUGAAUUUUUAGACUGGCAUUCUGACGUUUGUAUAUAGCUUCUCAAAAUUCAUGUAAUGGCUUCUAUGUUAACCUGCAGAAAAUGCAUAAUUUUGUAACUGGAUGGGGAUCAACUCCGUUUGGACAUAAGCAAAUCAGCCUAGUUAUCUCAUUUGCAGCA